CGGCGGUAUCCCGCCAGGUCGCUGCUCCCGCCGCUCGCGCUUCCCCUCCCCGGGCAGCAACGCAGCGGCGGUAGCCAUUUUGUUGAAAAGCAUCCAUGCCAGUGACCCCAGACACUGCUCACAAGUCACUCUAUAACAACAGGAAUGCCACUAUGGCUGGCAGUUCACGAUCCCCUCCAGUGGCCCCUGGCCUCAACCAAGCUGAUCCUGAGAUGUUUCAACCCCCUGAAAGAAAAGAUAGAUUGAAAGGUUCAUCACAACAGGACACAUUGGGUUACGCUGGAGCUGCUCCCAAUGCAGGCACUGGUAUGACUGUCCUGGUCCCUGUGAAGGUGACCCAACUCAAGUUGGGCAAUGACAUCGCCGAUACGAAGGAUAUCCCAAAACCAGCUGGUGAUAUUUCCAAUGUAGUUAUUGGUGCUGAUACCCCGAUCCCUCAGAAGGUGUCGCAGCUGAAGCUUGUUAAGGAUAUCAGCCAACAAACGAACACUCAAAAGCUAGUUGGUUCUACUGCCAAUGCAAGUGACUGUAUUGACGUGCUUAUCCCUGUGAAGGUGCCUCAGCCAGUUAGCACUACCACCAGUUCAAGCCAUGGAACUGCUGUGCCAAUCUCUCGGCAAGUGCCCUGGGUCAAGUUAGUGAAGGAUGUCACCCCACAGAUGUUCACCUCGAGACCUGGCACUGCUGCUGUCAAGGUUGAUUAUCGUACGGCCGUAGCAAUCCCUCAAAAUUUGUCCCAGCUCAAGUUAGUCAAGGAUAUCACACCACAUACAGCAACCCAAAAGCCUGCCACUAGUGUGGAGAAGGCCAUUCAACAGAAGAAGCGGAAAGUCAACAAUGACACUGGUGAGAACCCAGUGGCACGGCAUAAGCCGAAUAUCAAUGACAUGCCACCAAGCCUGGUGGAAAGAUCAUCAGAAAGAAGCCUUCCGGUUUACUUCAGCAAAGCUAUGCUGAUGGACAAUCUUAGGUCACUCACAAAGCUUCACUUGGCUGAUGAACUUCCUGGCACAUUAACAACACUGGUCAAGAACGAUGGUAUGCACUUCGUAAGCCGAUCUCAGCUGAUGGAGAACCUGAGAUUUCUUGCAAAGAGCCACAACUUUUCAACUGUUACUAUGAAUGAUGCUAACUAGAAGAACUUAAAAAGGAAGAAUAACAUAAAUGAUGAUGGGCACCUCCUGCUGCCUGUAAGUUUCAGGAUAAGGAAAUGAGGUUAAGAAUUCACGGCAGGAACUCUAGGUGCAUGUGCAGUGGCAGCUAUUUGGACUGUUCAGGGAGGAUCUUCCACUGUACCAUGAGAUGUGGGUUGAUGUCGUCAUCACUAUGUCCAAGGAAAAGAACUCUAUAUGGUGUGUAUACCAUGUGCAGCAGCUGUCAUGAGAUGCAGAGAAGAAAGAGGUGUCUGAUGAAAUUCAAGCGCUUAAGAUUCAGCCCAUCUCUGACGAAAUCUGCCAUCGCCUGCAACCUGGUCUCCGCAAAGCCUUUCAACUGCCAUGAUCUUUCUCGGCAGCAUCCCUAGUUUGAUGUACAGAAGUAACUAUAUUUGAUGAACCAGUUUACGGAUUGUGUAUGUACAGUCAAAUUCUUCACCAUUCGAUGCCAACUUCAGCUCUUGAUAUUUUGAUAUAUCUGAAGUUCUAACUGUUGGGAAUAAUAGAUCAAGAC